AUGCGACGGUAAUAUCCAGGCUUGACUACUGUAAUUCGCUCUAUGCGGGGCUGCCCUUGAAGCUGUCCCAGAAACUCCAGCGGGUGCAGAAUGCUGCAGCGAGGCUCCUCACGGGGUCCCUGCCAUGGCAGCAUAUUCACCCAGUGCUUUUCAAGCUGCACUGGUUCCCGGUGGAGUACAGGGUCAGAUUUAAGGUGCUGCUUUUGACCUUUAAAGCCCUUCAUGGCCUAGGACCCUCGUACCUAUGGGACCGCCUCUCCCGGUCUGCCCCACGGAGAGCCUCAAGGUCCAUAAAUAGCAACACCCUAGUGGUCCCGGGCCCUAAGGAAGUUAGAUUGGCUUCAACCAGAGCCAAGGCCUUUUCAACUCUGGCUCCGGUCUGGUGGAACGCUCUGCCUCAUGAGACCAGGGCCCUGCAGGACCUUUCUUUCCGCAGGGCCUGUAAGACAGAGUUGUUCCGCCUGGCCUUUGGCUUGGAGCCAAUUUGAUUCCCUCCCUCUCUUUCUUUUUUCUUUUCCUUCUCCUCCUGCGAUGAGGCUACAUUUUAAUAUUUUAAUGUUUCAAUAUUUUAAUGUUGUAUUUUUAAUUUUGUUUUUAAGUUGUAAUCAUUUAACUUGUUUUUAUUAUUGCUUGUAAGCUGCUCUGAGCCCGGCCUUGGCUGGGGAGGGCGUGGUAUAAAUAAAAAUUAUUAUUAUUAUUAUUAUUAUUAUUUGCCCCAGUGGGAAAACCCACAAGCAGGAUCGGAGCACAAGAGCCAUCUAGCAACUGGGAUGCAGAAACACUGCUGCGUCCAACUGGGGAUAGCAGCCAUCGAUAACUGUCUCCACCAUGAAUUUGUCCAAUCCUAUAAUAAUAAUAAUAAUAAUAAUAAUAAUAAUAAUAAUAAAUGUUUAUUUAUACCCCACCCUUCCUGGUUAAAAAACCAGGCUCAGGGCGGCUAACAGCAAAUAUAAAACAUUGAUUAAAAUACGACUUAAAAACAGCAUAAAACACAACAUAAAAUGCAGCAUCAAUAUCAAUAACAUUCAAAAAUUCAGCGGUAAUUCUUUGGGGGGAAACAAACAAACCCCAGUCAGUAGACAUCAAAUGAUCACCAGGGCUAACUGGCCAAGUUGGUCCUACUAUGGCCUAACCCGAAAGUCCGUUGCCCUGUUGUUAUCUUUUCAUUUAGCAGCCUAACAGCCCACGGAUAGAAGCUCUUGUUUACCCUGUUGGUGCGACUAAUCCUGAUUCUACAUCUUCUGCCCGAGGGCAGGAGAUCAAGAAAGUGCCGGCCAGGGUGUGAAUCAUCCCUGAUAAUUUUCUUCACUCUCCUGAGGCAACGUUCUUCCGCAAUGUCAUCCAGCAGAUUCUCGGGACAGCCCAUAAUUUCUUGUGCUGUAUUCACCACCCUCUGUAGGAAGAUCCUGAAGCUGAGGCUCCAAGACUUUGGCCACCUCAUUUGAAGAGAAGACUCCCUGGAAAAGACCCUGAUGUUGGGAAAGAUGGAGGGCGCAAGGAGAAGGGGACGGCGGAGGACGAGAUGGUUGGACAGUGUUCUCGAAGCUACGAACAUGAGUUUGACCAAACUGCGGGAGGCAGUGGAAGACAGGAGUGCCUGGCGUGCUCUGGUCCAGGGGGUCACGAAGAGUCGGACACGACUAAACGACUAAACAACAACAACAGUUCAGACUGCGCAAGAAAGGAAAUGGCAGGGCCAAGAGAGGAGAGUCAGACAGACAAAGAGAGGAGUUUGCCUGAAAUCCGGUGCCAGCUCUAAGAGGCUGAGGUCCCUGAAGGAAGGUGAGGACAGGUGACCUCACCUAGGCUCGAAGUCACCCCCCACCAAAGCAGGCUCAAAGCUUCUCAAAGCUUUUCAAAAUCAUUUUCUCAGCAGCUAAGCAUCGGAAACAUUCCGCUCUGCUGUAACAAAAGGUAGAGAACAGUCCGUUGUUUCUCAGGCCUUUCUCAUGUCUUCUAGCCUUGCUAAAGAACCACAAUGCAACUUACUUUCUGUCCAGGAACCAUGCUAGAACAAGAGAUUGAAACAUAUUUGAACACUCUGAAACCCCUUUCCUGGGAAGGGUGCCAAGAGUCCACAAUAGUCCCAAGACAGCUUUCUGUUCAUGCUCAGAGGAACUCCUGAGGGAGGAGAAAGGGGGAGGGAACUGGAAAGGGGUAUAUAUGCUUGUGCACAUGAUUGUGAAGUCGUGCAUGCUUUUCGUGACUUAUCACACUUGCUCCUUCUACCAGUUCAUGGAUGGUAGAAAUAAAAGCCUUUUCUCCGAAACUAUUCCUUGAGUGUCUGUUGACUCCCACUUCCCUUUCCCAGGCGCAAUAUUUUUCCCACCCGAGGGCAAAGCCUCAUAAGGCUACAUUUCUUUGCCCUUCCCGAUAAAAUAUUUGAGGGGGCUGGGCCCCCCCAAGGUUGAUGGGCAUUGCCAUUCAAAUGGUAUGGGUGAGGCCCGUCCUGUGAUCACUUAUGUGGGGUUGGGGCUUACCUGCCCCCCAAUAUUUUAUUCAAGUUGGCACUCCUGCUCCUGAGGUCCACACUCUUAGCAGCAUAAGGAAGAGCCCCCAUUGUACCCAUGGCUUUGUUUUGGCCCUCUCUCCAAAGUCUCUGUCUGCUUUCAGGGCUCAAAAAGGCCCUAAAAGCAGACAGGGCCUGCGGGAGGCCGUGGAAGACAGGAGGGCCUGGCGUGCUCUGGUCCAGGGGGUCACGAAGAGGCGGAUAUGACUAAACAACAACAAUACGUUUGUUGUUAUUGUUUAUCUGUUUAUUGUUCCUUUCCCCCCCCCUAUAAUAAUAAUAAUAAUAAUAAUAAUACUAUAAUAAUAUCUUUAUUGUCAUUUGCUUCUCUUGGGGACAACGAAAUUACUUGACUGCUCCAUAAAAACACUAAUUAAUCAAUACAGUAUAAUACAGCAAAGGAGAUUAGAUGACUUUCAAAGUCUGGGCUUCCCAUUCAGGGCCGAGAUCGCUCUGGAGAAGAAGCUGUUCUUAAGACCGGCUCAUUCUUGUCUUCAUCGUCCUGUAUCUCCAGUCCCAGACAGCAAGAGCUCGAAGAGACAGUCACCAGGAUGCGAUGGAUCUUUUACUAUGUCCAGUGCCUUCCUAUGGCACCUUGUGGCAUAAAUCUGCUCUAAGGUGGAGAGUGGGCAGCCAACAAUGCUCUCUGCUGCCUUAACAACCCUGCACAACCCCAUCCUGUCCUGGGUACAGGACAUCCUUUCCCCCCUUUUUUCGUUCAUUCAUGUAUUUUUCUUUUUUUCUGUUUUUGUGUAUCAUUUUGCUUUGUGGUUUUUGUUAUUAUUGUGGACAAUCUAAUAUUUAUUAAUUUUUUUAAAAAAGAAAAAACUCUGAAAUGAAGAAUUUUCAUUUUGGAAAAAGAGCGACUCGCUGAGAGUUUUUCUCCUCCGCCCGCGGAACCCCCCCCCCCCCCGGGGUGGAUCUCAUUCGCAAGGACCCCGCGCAUCUUCCGCGGCUGGGAUCUCCAUCUCCCGCAGCGCCCCCUGCAGGCGGCCAGCCCGCCCUGCGCGGCCCGCCCGUCUGCGGCAGGGGGAGGGGCCCGCCGCGCCCUCGCCCAAUCGCUCGUCGGGGGAGGCGGGGCUUCCCUUCGCUGCCUGUCUCUCUCUUUCGGCCCGCCUCCUUCCGGCUCCCCGCAAGAUGGCCGCCCGGCCGCGCGUGCGCAGUGAGGACGAGUACCGCCCUCUCGUCGCUUCCGCUGCCUGAGAGGCGAAGAAGGCGAGCGAGCGAGCGAGGCGGCUGCCGCUCCGUCUGUCCGUCCUCCGGCAGGUAUGUCCCUUUUGCCUCCGCCUGGAAUGCCGGAGAGGAGGGCGUGGAACGGGGAGGCCGCGGGGGCGGCGCGUCUGUCUCCCUCCCAGCAGACGAGGGAGCCUCUGGGCGCGUGCAGAGAGCCGCCCCCCCCCCGGCAGGAAAACACUCUGCGCAUGCUCAGGGGCGCCCUCUGCCGGCUUUGCCUAAAAGAGCUGCGGUACCUCGAGGUGGGGGGUUGUUGUGUGUGUGCGCAUAUAUAUAUACAUACGUAUGUAUGUAUGUAUGUAUGUAUUUUUUGUGUGUAUAUAUGUGUGUGUGUGUGCGCGCGCGCGCGCCUAUAUAUAUAUAUAUAUAUACACAUAUGUAUUUUGUGUGUGUGUGUGUGUGUGUAUAUAUAUGUAUAUGUGUGUGUCUGUGUGUGUAUAUAUAUGUAUAUGUGUGUGUGUCUGUGUGUGUGCGCAUAUAUAUAUAUAUGUAUUUUGUGUGUGUGUAUAUAUGUGUGUGUGUGUGUGUGUGUGCGCGCGCAUAUAUAUAUAUAUAUAUAUAUGUAUUUUGUGUGUGUGUAUGUGUAUGUGUCUGUGUGUGUGUAUAUAUAUAUGUAUGUGUGUGUGUGUGUGUGUGUGUGCGCAUAUAUAUAUAUGUGUGUGUAUUUUGUGUGUGUAUAUAUGUGUGUGUGUGUCUGUCUGUCUGUUUAUGUAUAUACAGUGGUACCUCGGGUUAAGUACUUAAUUCGUUCUGGAGGUCCGUUCUUAACCUGAAACUGUUCUUAACCUGAAGCACCACUUUAGCUAAUGGGGCCUCCCGCUGCCGCCACGCCGCCAGAGCACGAUUUCUGUUCUUAUCCUGAAGCAAAGUUCUUAACCUGAAACACUAUUUCUGGGUUAGCAGAGUUUGUAACCUGAAGCGUAUGUAACCUGAAGCGUAUGUAACCCGAGGUACCACUAUAUGUGUGUGUGUGUGUGUGCAUGCAGUCUUUUGUGUAUAGAUAGAUGUGUACCUCUUUGUGUACUUGUACUGCAUCGUUGUCUCCCUCUCCUCCCUGCGUGCAUGCACACAACCACCCCGCGAGGUAGGACAGGGACGAGGCAGGCCAUGUGUGAGUGUCUUCCAAGGCCACAACUGAGUAGGAGGAUCCGGGCCCUGGUCUCCCCCCCCCCCCAGGUGCUAGUCCAGCACCCUCAGCACUCAGCUUUGGGGGUGGCCCCUGAGCACUCAACCCCCCAUCCAUCCCCUAUGAACCACAUGCUCAUCUCAGCCAUCCUGGCAGCACAGUAUUGGGGAGUCCCCGAGACCUCUGGAAGCGACAGAGUUGAAGGAGGCUGCCCUUUCGGAUCCCCAGCCUUAAGCAUGUCUGCAUCUGCCUCCAUCCUUUUUGAGGUCUCCCUCCCUCCUCUUUCAUUGUAAUCUGCUGAGAGGCAGAGGCCUGACUUGUGAUCCCCUAAAAUGCAUAAACCGCCUGUGGUUGGAUAACAUGGCAUUCGGUCCAGAGUUGGCAUUUGGGGCAAAUCUUUUUUCUGACACCAGCUCAAAAGUUGCGGGGCUCUGCUUUUCACUCCACGGUCCGCGGCAGCAACGCUUCAUCCGAAGAUCUCGGGACGGUUCACAGCAUAAAAAUACAAGAUAAAAACAAAAAAUACAUUUAACAAGUACAGUGGUACCUCGGGUUAAGAACUUAAUUCAUUCUGGAGGUCCGUUCUUAACUUGAAACUGUUCUUAACCUGAAGCACCACUUUAGUUAAUGGGGCCUCCCACUGCCCCUGCACAAUUUCUGUUCUCAUCCUGAAGCAAAGUUCUUAACCCAAGGUACUAUUUCUGGGUUAGCAGAGUCUGUAACCUGAAGCGUCUAUAACCUGAAGCGUCUGUAACCCGGGGUACUACUGUACAAAGAAAGAAACAACCAAUGACCCCCUCUUGGCUUUCUAUUUAGAGUUUAGCUCCCCUCACUUUCCUCCCCUUUUUGGUCACUGUUAGGAGAUGGAAGGGUGGAGUGCAUGAAACCCUGAUCAGUGAAGCAAUUGCUUUGCUACAUAUUCAUAGUAUUUUAUUUUCUUAGCAUUAAUUGAGUCCCUGGAUUUAUUUGUGACUGUUGUGUCUUUCCCUUGCCCCCAUCCGGCCAGCUCAACCCAGGUGCCUGCAGUGGGGAUCAUGGAGAACUAUCAGAAGUCCAAGACUGUGGAGAAGCCGUCGCCUCUUCCCUUCACCAACUUGCCCUCCGAUAUAAUUGAAAUGAAAGUGAAGGACGGCAGCAAAAUCCGGAACCUGAUGGGCUACGCCAUUGGCAAGAUGGAGUCGGAGGCCAUGCGGCAGGUCCUCUUCAGUGGCGCCGGCAAGGCCAUCAGCAAGACCAUCACCUGCGUGGAGAUCAUGAAGAGAAGGCUCCAAAACCUCCACCAGAUCACCAAAGUGUUCUUUAGGCAAACGGAGGAGAUCUGGGAGCCCAUUGUGCCAGAGGCCGGCCUUGAUUCUUUGACUGUGAAGCGGAAUAUUCCUGCCAUUUGUGUCUUGCUGAGCAAAGAUCCGCUGGACGCUCAAGAGCCAGGCUACCAGGCUCCCGGGUCUUUUGACGCCUUCUGGUUAGAAACGCUGAAAGCAUCAGAGUCCCAGGGCCAGGCCAAGAGGAAGCAGGGGGGAGGCAGAGGGGCCGCUCACGCUCGGAAGCUUCCCCGCUCUGGUAGACGGGAGGACUCUUACAAAAAGCCCUGA